AUGGCCGACAUCGCCGCCGCCACUACCACCACCAACGGCAACGGCACCACUGCUGCUGCUGCCAACGGUGCCGCCGAAAAAAAGACGCACGACCGUCCCGCAGGCAAUCCUGACGCCGUCGAGAUCGCCAAGCUCGCCGGAGGCAAACCCGACGCUGCUGCCAACACCGCCGAGCUUGACAAGCUCUCGAAGUCCAUCGACGCAGUUCAGAAGGAGCUCAACCAGGUGCGUUCGCUCCUCUCUGGCGCUGGACCAUCCAAGGAUUCGCCCGCCGGCAUCCGUCGUGCAGAGCUCCGCUCGGAGCUCGACCAGCUUCGCAACCAGCAGGCUGGCUCCAAGGGCGCACGAGGCAAGACGCUCGAAGACCUGCGCACGCUCCAGGAAUCCAUCUCGAAAAAGAUCAAGGAUCUUCAGCAUGCCAAGUCCAAGACGCCUUACAAAUCGACGGCCGAUGUUGACUCCCGUAUCCAGCGUCUCGAGCAGCAGGUUGAGAGCGGAAGCAUGAAGCUCGUCGAGGAGAAGAAGGCGCUCUCCGAGAUUUCGCAGCUCAAGAAGAACCGUAAAGUCGUCGAAAACUUUGACUCUCUCCAAGCCAGCAUCGACGCCGACCGGGCCAAGGUGGAUCAGCUCAGGUCGACGCUCGACAGCCCAGAGGCGAAGGCGCUCAACAAGCGCUACGACGAGAUUAAGGCCGAACUCGAUGCGAUCCAGGCCGAGCAGGACAAGCAGGCGGGCUCGCGCGGGAAACUGCUCGACCAACGCACGCAGCUCAGCAGCCAGCUCGAUGCCCUGUACCAAGCGCGCCGUGAUCGCCAGGCCGCCUUCCGUGCUGCCAACGAUACCUUCUACGCCAAGCUCAACCAGGAGCGCGAACGACGUGUGGCCAAGCAGCGCGAGGAGCGCGCCGCCCUCGAGGCUGAGAAGCGCAAGGAACACGAACAGCAGCUGCGCGAGGACGCCGCACUCCCCGCGUUCGCCAAGGAGAUCGAAGACUGCGACGUGCUCAUCAACUACUUUUCCAAGACCGGCGGUGUCAGCGCUGCCGACCAGGAAAAGAAGGACGCCUCUGCCGCCGCCGCUCAAGCCAAGGCCGUGGGUGGCAAGGCGCUCAACCUCCGCCAAGUCAACUCGGACGCCAUGGUGCCCAAGGGUGCUGUUCUGCGUCAGAAGAACGAAGACGAAGAGACCUACUUUGCCGGUAACGCCAAGAACCGCAAGCCGAAAGGCCGCGCCAACAAGCGUGGCGUCCCUCUCGACCUUGCUGCCAGCACUGCGGACGAAGGCGACGAGAACGCCACCACCACCACCGCCGCCGCCGCAAGCGAGGGCAAACUCAAUGUGCCGCUGGGAACGCUCUCUGCUCUGCUGGCACUCAGCAUCCCCCCACCCGCCAACGCCUCGGACGUCGGACGUGUGGUGGAAAACCUCAAGCUCAAGAAGCAGUACUUUGUCUCGAACCAGGCCAGGGUCACCAAGGAGAACGUGGAGAGGGUGGAGAAGAUGCUGGCAAAGGCGAGUGUCGAGGACAAGGAGGACAAGGCAGAGGCUGCGCAGGCUUAG